AUGGGUACCUCGCAUCUAUCAAGGUAUGUAUAUGUAUAUAUAUGUAUAUGUAUGUAUAUGCUGAUACGGUGCCCGGAAAAAAGUCUAGACCGCAAUUUAUUCCCCACCACCACAAAAAAAAGAGCCCAUCCGGAAGACUUCGGCACUCCGGCAAAGCGAAAAACGUUAUUAUGGCUAUAAGUAAUGCCUUUUGCAUCAAAAUAAUCACAAAUCCCUUAAACGCGUGUUUUUUUUU